GUGAGACUUGUUUGAGAGACAUGUGUUGUGUGUUUGAAAUGAGACCACAAAUCGUGUGAUUAAUUUAACAGUUGGUUUACCUCUUUGGAUGACAAUGAGUGACACAAUCGACCAUAAAAAGAGUGACAAACUCUUGGAGCGAAAGAAGCGAAAGGUUUUAUUGAAAGAGAAAAAGUCGCGAAUAAUUGUGAGAAACCUAUCGUUUAAAGCGAAUGAAGAGACCAUUAGAUCGGCGUUCAGUCGUUUCGGACAAAUUCGUGAAAUAAAUAUCCCGAAGAAUUCGGACGGAAAGAUGAAAGGCUUUUGUUUCGUCGGUUUCGAUGCCAUUAAAAGCGCUCUCAAAGCCAUCAAAGAGAUGAAUGCGAAGCCAUUGAUGGGUCGGACGGUUGCCGUCGACUUCGCUAUGGCUCAGAAAAAGUUUCUCAACUUUGACGCCAAUAGUGUCCAAUCGGUUCCUAAAGAGGACAACGAGACCGCAGAUGAAAAGCUUGUAAUGGAUGGUAAAGAUGAUUCCGAUGGCGACGACAGCGAAGGUGAAGACAAUGAUGGAGAAGACGGAGAUGAAGAUGAGAACGACGGCAGUGGUAGUGAUGACAGUGAAGAUGAUAUGUCAGCGAAGAAAAAAAUUAAUCCCAAAGUAUUGAACGACGCGUCGGAAGAGCGGACAGUAUUUGUGCGGAACCUGUCGUUCGGGACGAGCGCUGAAGCGUUGAAUGAAAUGAUGAAACAAUUUGGUGAAACACAAUAUUGCAAACUAUGUGUCGACCCCUACAGCGAGCACUCGAGAGGAACCGCUUUCGUUAAGUUUAAGAGUAAAGAAUUUGCCGAUCAGUGUUUGGAAGCGGCGCUCGUCGACGAUAACAGCGACUUGUUUUUGGACGGAAGACAACUCAACAUCUCUCUCGCCAUCACUAGAAAUAAACUGAAAGACUUAGAGGAGAAGCGGUCGGAGAAGAAUCGCGACAAAAGGAAUCUGUAUUUAGCCAAAGAAGGGCUUAUAUAUCCCGAAUCACCCGCCGCUGAAGGAGUCUCUCAAACCGAUCUUAAAAAGAGAUUAGCAGUAAGUUUUGCGAUACAGUAUUAA